AUGGCAUUUGCGACAAGACCACCUUUCUGUGUUCUCAUCUUGAUUCAUGUCACUUUAAUUGGCAUCAUGGUCAACAGCACCGGAGCAGAUUUGAUUAGAGAUUGUGUCAACAUCAACGUCACUUCAUGUAUUGGAAGAUAUGCAGACAUCUAUGAUGCCCUUGUGUCAGACGAGAACAGCUAUAAAAUCCAGGCAGCUCUAUAUCCACCGAAGAAUUCUUCAUCCGUUCGUGUAUUUGUAAAUUUGAACGUUCUAAAUAGAUCCAGAACAGAUGCUUCAAAGGAAAACUACAAAGCAGAUGUGGCUGAAUACACAUGGAGUUUGAAAUGCUUAUAUGCUGCCCUCCCUGCUUAUUUCCUCGAGAUCUUGUCUCUGGGUUCAAUACUGGUGACUCCUCGUACACAGAAACUUAAUAUCACAAUUCCACACUUUUGUUGUAAUGUUUCUGUUGAAGAAAGGGAGAAGUGGAUUGAAGACGUACUGGCUGCGGUAAGUAGAUUGUCAGCAAUUAGGCUUGGCUUUUAUGGUUUUAGAACUAAAAGAUGCAAGUAUCUACUUUAUCAGGUGCGCAUACUAGUACUCCAUCGGCGGACGAGAAAACGGACUUUUUUGUGGAUAUCCUUCAAGUACAUUGAAUUACAGAUUCCGGGUAAUUCAUCUUUAGUUUAGGUUUUGUUUAUAAUAUACACCACUCCACAUGUUCAAUGAUAAUGAUGAUAGCCAGUGCCACUGGAGGAUCAUUAUUAUGAUAACUGAUGCAUGUUUCGUUUUCUAAUUUAUCCGUAUUAGAGUGGAUGGUUAAAUAAUAUAUAGAUUUAGUCAAGCCUUAAAGCGGAGCUCUUGUUAGUUUAUUUUCCAGCCCUUCAUUACAAUAAAAACUGUGAUAAAACUCUUCAACACUGGCUUUAAAGAAGUUUCUUCAAGAGGAUCUAGGACCAGUCUGGGGGGUGGGGAGGGGGGGAAGAAUUGACGAGGUCUAGAUCCUGUGGAAGAUUUUCUCACAACUUGCAAAGCGAUCAACAUGCAUGCUAGUCAGUGGUAUCUUCAAGCAGCGGAGGACCUUCGUUAUUGUUCCUGAUGUUUUGAGCAGAUUUUUGAAGAUAGGUAAUUUUUUCUUUUUCAGAUGAAGUGUACGAUGUCAGCAUCAGUUGAACUUAUAUUCUAUUAAUAAUUUCGGUUUGGGAAAAUGCGCUGAAAUUGAAAGAAUUAACGACGGUAAACUACUUUGCGUUAAGACAUCACCAGUUGAUUGAAGCGUAUACACGUGAGAACAGUGAGUCAAUACAACAAUACGCCAGAAUCUCCUAUAUCUUCUCUUGAAGUUGCCAGAUUUGACUGCUUGCCCCACUGUUUUUCCCUAACGUUCCAACCUCCUAUGAUAAGCGUAGAAAUUUAAAAAGAAAAGUCAUUUCCAACUCGUGUUUGAACCUGUGAUUUUUUUUCUGACUUUUUCUCUCUGGUUAUUCUUGUUUUAUGAUUGUCCUCUGGCUUGAAAUACACUCCUUAUUUUUGAGAUUUUUUUCUGUUAUUUAAUUUGGUAACCUCUGCUGUAACUGCAUAUAAUGUAGAUGUCUUUAAGCCAACUGUCCAUGAUCUUAGCAACUCUAGCUACUGAAAUACGACAUUUGUCUAGCAUGUUUCUUGCACUGUGAAAGUUUGAUUUAAAGGAAGACUAGUGAGAACUAAAAUUUCAUAGUUAAAACUUGAUGAGGAAGAGAGACUUAGGGUUCGACCAUGAAGACAUUUGAAGAAAACUUGAGAUACAUGUGAUACCUGCAUUUCAUUUGUACACAGAAAUUAAUUCUAAACAUCAAUCAAGUUUUCUCUUUCGUAUAAAAGUUGAGUUGAUGUUGUUAUUGGCUAUAUUAAAUAGGUUGAAAAGUUUUAGAUGAUAUUUUCUCAUGUUUGCAUAUAAUUAAAUUUACUGGAAAGUGGAGUGGUUGCAAGAUUUAAACAUGAAACACAAAGAUAAAUUUUAUUGAUAUGUAAAAAGUUUUCAUUUUAUUGUCUACUGGCUAGUCUUUGUAUUAUAUUUCAACCAAACCAUUUUCCACAACUUGUAAACACCACUACAAAAAUAAUUGGCGAGAGAAAUGGAAAAGUUUUGGCAUACGCACCAUGUUUGAAAUGCCAUGUCCAUGAUAAGCUAAAAGAUUGAGGAGGAUGUAUGUGGGAAUAGGCUAUCUUGUCUGUAUCAUUAACUUGCUAAUCAUUCCUGUUGCCAACGUUUUGAUGAGGUUGGUCUGUCAGGGCAAAGCAACUGAGGACUUUGAAUGGCAAUGAAUUUUUUCAAGCCUGGAAACUAUCAUUGUGAAAAGCCAUACUUGUCCCUAGUAACUCAUUCUUAUUCUGAUAAACUAGCUUUAAGAAGGAUACAAUAUUUUAUUACAUAAAUUUGAUGCAUAGACUGUGAACAAAACGUUAAAUUUGACUAUACUUUUAUAGCUAAUACCAAUUCCUACUCAUAAUGAAUUGUUAGUAGGAUCAGAGGAAAAAAUAAUGUGCCCUACAUCUGCAAGAUUUAAUGUAAUUAUUUUAAUUGCAUGAAUAAUAACUGAUACUAAUAGAUCUUAGAAUAUUCGAUAGAAUUGAAAAUUUGGUUGAAAAAUUAUAUUUCGGUGUAGGCCAGAUAAACAAGAUUCUUAGAAAAAGAAAUGUGUAUUAAUGGAAAAGCUAAGCAAACCUUUUUACAACACCUGCUUGUAACUGUAUGGCACGUAGUAAGGUCAUUCGAAGUAUUUUUAAUCCCUGUUUUGACGAUAAAAAUACCUCGCAUCCAGAUUUCCCAUAAACCUGUAGUUCAAGCCUGUGAUGCCUUCAUAAUUUUGAUGCACACCUCAAAAGGAGAACAAAUAAAUUUUAAGUUUAAAUUUAUUCAGUUUAGGUUAGUAAGGUAAAAUUGAGUAAACAUUACGAUGACAGGUUCAAGAAAUUUUUAAAAACUAAUUUAUAAGGUUAGCUUGCCUGGAACAAUAACCUUCAUGUACUAAUUAGACCAGGUUUGUACUGACGAUGGGAAAAAUCACUCUUUUACAAGAAAAUAAUGAUCAAGAAUUGGUAGCAAACCACGGCUCUGGGUCUGCCUUUAAUUUUAAACUUAAGAGAGUGCUUUAAAAAUAGAAUUUUGCUCAUGCACAAAAGAACUAUAAUAUCUGUGGUAAGAGAGAAGGCUUUCCUUUCCUCAUUUAAUAAAAUACUGAAGUUAUCAUCUUUCCACAAGCUCAAUGGACAGUGAGCGUGAAUGAGACUGAUAGUGACUAUGUUAUUUGAGUAAAUAUCCAGAGGAGGAUAAAAAAUAAGACACGGUCUUCACAACUCUCUUAUUUUAAUUUUUUUAACCUAGAAAGCUAAGGCAUUUACAUUCUAUUGUCUAAAUACUUCUAAGUUAAAAUGAAAUGCAUCGGCGCUACGCUUACUGCUGUCUUCUUCGCAGCCGUUGUUUGGUCUUGUCACACAGCACCCUUUAUUUCCCGUUUGAGAGAGAGAGUGCGUUGUGUGACGAGACCAAGGUAGCUUAAAACGAAUUAAACUCGUAGGAAAAGUCAAACGCCGGAUAAUUGCGUGGAAAACUCAAUAUCAGUAGCAUUUAGUUCCAUGUGAAUUUUUUUCCAGUGGGGUUGGACAAUACAAUUAGAAUACGUAAUAAAAUGCAGGCUGUUUACAAGAAAAUGACACAUGAUAGAGCGAAGUCCAAAACGGCAAAAUGGAAUUUGAUUGGUGGAAUACAAUUCAAGCACAAAAAAAUUGCCUAAUGUUAAUGUAGUGCACCACAUGAUUUUCAACUACAUUACACUACUAAUGAGUUUAAUCAUACGCUGGCACACAGAGAUAUAAAAGAGGCUUUGUGAAUAAAAACCAGGACAAUAAAAUUAAAGAUUCAGGAGAAGCAUAUGACAUUAAGUAGUUUACUCGUGUUCUCACCUGAAUUCAGUCUGGCAGGAGAACUCUGUAACUCUUCUCUUUUAUCUUCUCACACUUGAAUUCAAACAUAAAAAUUUAAUUAUAUGCAGGCAGGCUAGGGAGGAAAUUAAAGGAAUAGAUGUAUGUUAUAUAAAAAGAAACCCGUUACAACAAAAUAAAGCAGAAGCAUAUUACCUACAUAUCUGUGCUUCUGAAAACAGCUAUAACUGGUAUUUUUUUCUAAGCAAUUAUCUACACAUGUAAACCUGGUGUAAUAUAAGGUCGCGAAAGCGCAUUAGAUCAUAUACUUAUAAUGAAUUUUGCGCUGUAUAAGUGUUAAAUUUAUUUGUAUUUUUAAAAGUAAUUUUAUUCUAACCUUCCUCCUUUAAGGGUGCCUUGUGUAUCAAAUAUAUUAAGUCAGUUCAGUACCUCCAGAGUCAUAAGCCGGGCUUUUGGGGCUAUAAAAUAGUAAAAUAAUCAACGAGUUAUGCCAGGCCAAUUUAUCGGGAGUCAAUUAAGAAUAGUUUCCUAAAAUAGUAUGGAAAGUUUGAAAUGUGCUUCACUUGUGCUACAUACAUGGAAUUAUCGUUCUUAAUUACUGAUGAAAUUCCGAGGGUGUGACUUAAUUAACUCAGAAGAAAAUAUCCGAGCAGGUUACAGAAAUUGUUCACGAAUUGUAAACUGAUGAUGUGUUAGCAAAACUUCCAGUAUUAUGAUGCCCAUACGAAUUUAUCGCUCAUAAUCACUUGUGAAAUUCCGAGAUUCUGGCUCAAUGAAUUCAAGAGAAAAUGUCCAGGAGGGUUACAGAAACAGACUCUCAAAAACUGCUCUUGAAUUCGAAAACUGUAAACAACAAUUAUCUGCGCUAAUCAUGUGUUUAAUAGCGUGCUUGUGAGCUCAAAUCGCCAGGAUCAUAUUUAAUUACACGAUCACAGCUCCGAAGCUUCUUGCAGAACGUGAUGACUACCAGUUUCAGAGACUGAAUCUUCAGUUUCCAGCAUUAGGGAAAAAUUAUCGUAUCGCAAGCAUGUUCAUCUUAACCCGAGCAAAAAGUACGCCUCGAGAUGUUGAGCGAAGAGAAAGUGGCUCCAUGUUUUGUGACUCAAACUAUUUCCUUAAGUUCGAACGAAUCUAGUAGAAAGCAUGAAGACAUAGCGCUGAAAACACAUCACAAUUUUACCUGUGAGUUUGUUUGCACCACACAUUUGCGGCCGGUAAUUUAAUUUUCAGAUGUUUGACGGUUUCUCACGUGAAAAUAUUGUCGAAAUCAAAUUACCGCGUCAGACGUAAUGUAAACAUGACCAUCGCUAAAUCAAUCUCAUUUUAUUUCAAUUUUGGGAAAGGCCAUUACUUCGUUCAUAGGGUAAAGCAACACAUCUUCGUCAAAGUGCGAUUUUUUUUAAAAGAAUGAAGUAAACCCUGAGAUAGUUAACUGAAGAGAGAAUAACUUUCUGGGCAAAACAUAAUCCAUAAGAUAACUUCCUUUCCCUUAACACCACGACUGUAUUAAACAUUCGGAAAGAUAGAACAAGAAAAAAUUUUAAAAAAACGAACACUUUGAAUGUUAUUUGAGCGAUGAACCGACUUACGAACCACACUAUUGACUGAGACUCUACGCAAUGCCUAACCUACAGCACCAACUACUUUCAACGACUGACCCUGGAAAGCUGGUUUACUAACUUGGAACAGACUCCCCUCAACAGGUGUCAACCACUACCGGCACCGUACAAACGACUCAUCCACGACAUUAACAUUACAAACGAACCGAACAGAACGACCUUACUUAACUAACGGAUCCAAACCGACCAAUCACGACUGACCUACGCCACUUGAGUCUUACAGCCAAUAACAUCACGGCAAAACUAACCAAUCAGUGUACACAAAGUGGACUAAGUACAUUCGACUGACAACAACCUUUCACUUGACUCUGAUGAUGACUUCCGCACAGGUUGUCGAAACGUUAGUCACCACUACCGACAACAGUCCUUCUCAGGACUACACUCACGCGGACGAUCAAACUACACUAAUACAUGCCUCUCUUCUUUUCGCGUUUUUAAUGCUGUAUUCUGCCCACUUUAGGGUCCUUUCUAACUUUCUUGCGUGUUUUCCUCAACUCUCUUUGCACCUUUUACUUCUUUCUUUCUUUGGUCGCUCUGUCUCUUUCCUUCCAGCCUGCUUUCUCUCAAAACCCUUUCUCCACGAACUUGAAUUAUAACAAUUUCCUCCGGUCGACAAAGCUCUAGCUCUGCCGGUAUUGUUGCUUUGCGAGUUGAUUAGAAAUUGCAAAAUAAUGAGACUUACUGUUCAACUACAACCUCACCAGUUUUAUUUCCCGCUGAAACCGCAAGUUGCAAAUUAUUUGCUUAGUCGGCUUCACAUUUACAAGCCCACGCAAAGCCCUCAUGUAUGCUGCACUAAAGCUGGGAACUUGAGAAUACGCACUUCAUUGGCGUCUGCCGAUGUCUCGUGGCGCACACUAAUGGGGUAUCCAAGUUACGCACGCAAUCGCGCCUGCGCAUUACCUUCGCCUUCGCCUUUCCAUUACGUAAUGGCUGAGAAAGUGCCUUCAAUGGACUUGGCUGCGUACACUUAAAGUAGCACCUUGUAUGGUCGGUCCUAAGGUAGUAAGUCCAAAUUUUUUCGGCUUCAUGCGUUACUACUAUUUCCCAUGACUGUGGGGCUACGCUGCGCGCGCUGCGAACUCUGCUAUCAGCGUAGAUGUUCGAGAACGAUACUCACACGGAAGUACGAACAGAAAACUGUUCUCCGUUUUCGGUGUGAAGUCGCUGUUUUUACAAUCCCCAGAUUAGUGCAAACCCGUCCCUGAAACAAUUGAAAGAAUUAUACAUGGGCGCGCAUAGAUAGUCAAUUUUUCUUCUAGUGUGUAACUCGACAGUUUGAACGUCUGUAAGCUGUACGGAUUUUUUGGUGUUCUAUUGGCCACACUCCGAGAAAAUUUUGCCGUUCAUUCAUCAACAUGACCGAGUGGUGCGAAAGACGAGUGACGUGUCAGCAGCGGAUUGGCGAUAUCAAACACGUGAAAAAAUAUCGUAUUUUUUCAAGUGUGUCGUUACAGUUUUUCUCAGGGCUGGAAUUCCGUGUAGAACACCGUAGUUUAUACGAUAAAUAUAUUUUAGUUGCAACUUUGUAACUGUUGUUUUCCGAUCUCAGGUUGAGAAAAGUUAGACUUUGGCUCGACAUCGGGCUACAGCUUGUUGAUCUGAAUUCAAAUUACUCGAACCCAACCAAUUUCUGAAAAAAUUAAACUAUAAACCAAAGAACUCUUUGGUAGGUCUAAACUAAUGUUAUCGCCUACUUUGUAUUUACGUUAACGUUGCUGUUCAAUUUUUCAACAGCUCCAAGAUAUUGCUGAAAGUCCUGGUUUACGAGAACCGAAGUUAAAUACUGCAGAAUGUGUCAUAAAAGGGCAUAUCCCAAAUAUAACGGCCACAGGACGCGGUGACUACAUAAAGGCAGUUUUAUGGUGUCCUCCUUUGUGUGUCAUAAUGCUUAUUCCGAUAUUAACACUAUUGGCUUUAGAUACAUUGACAGAGGCGGCUCGAGUCGAAAAGUAUUGUAAAUGCUGCUCUAUAGGGAACACUCAAAACUGUUUAGGUUGCUUUCGCAAUCAAGAAAAGCCCCUGAUUCGUUCUGCAAUUUGGUUUUGUUAUUUACUGAUGAUUCUAGAAGCCUCUAUUGUUUUUGCUGUGGUUAAGUCAUCCAGCAAAAAGGAAUGGGAGGGUGUACCUUUAGUUUUUUAUGUUACUCUUUCGGUGAUAGCCGUGGAAUGCUUAGUUGUGACAAUCAUUUCGCUGAAAUUCUGUAAAAAAUGGGGUAAAACGAUGUAUUCUUGCAACAGAUUGCCGCUUAUCGCGUGCAUAACCUUAGGAGUAUACCAUUUGUGCUGGGUGGCAAUUGGCAUUAUGAUUAAUCCAACUUGGGGCUUGUCGAUUUUUCUUAUCAUUUCCUUUUCGUCUGUGGCAUUAUUUUUUGUAAUCCACGAAAUGUGUAAUGUAGAUCAUUGUAAAAGUUUUCUUUUUCUUCAGCGUUGUGGCGUAGCUUCAUUUGGUUUUGUAGGUAUCUGCCUUGCCUUUUCUGCUCCAGUAUUAGUUGGUCAGUCAUUUUAUGGUCGGGAAACUGCAGAUGAUAUUCUGAAAAUUGUAUUGUUGUUUGUUAUUAAUGCAGUGAUAGUGCUGUCUUACAAAUCUCGCAAACCUCCCACUAAUACUUCAAAGUGUCUAAAGGCUGCCAAGGAAGCAGCAGCUGCAGCAAGAGCUCUGGUCGAAAAUAUAACUAUACCUCAGCCUGAUGGGACUGAGGUUGAUGCUGUAAUUGCAGCAGCGGUUACAGCUACAUCCUCUGCAGCUAGUGCAACUGCGGCGGCCGCUGAAGCUGUGGCGGCCGCCGAAGCUGCAGUCGUUGCUUUGGCUGCAGCUACAUCCUCUGCA